UCUGCAGCAAAAAAAAAAAAGUAGAGAAUGCAGAAUGGCAACACGGGUAAAUUGUUUAGAUUUAGUAGAUUGGUUUCGUUAUUAAAUUUGGUUGCACUGCAGUGAUCAACAGGAUUCCUUGGAUGUGAACACACUAAAGAUAAACAUGGAAUGAUAAUGCAGGGGCAAGUUUUAUUUUGAAAGUCCCAUUAGUGGCGUUGCAGAGGUCCGCUGGCUAGCGGUCACAUCAAGGAACUACAACGUGCGACAUUUUAAAUGCCAAUUAACGUUUAACAGUGAAGUUAGUUAGUAAAUGUAUGUGGAAAUUGGUUCAUUGUCAGGAGGUCACCUUCUAGUGUAAAUAGCACCUGAAUGGAUAGUUAAUGAACUAAGUUAGCGUGGUCCACCCUGAAUGAAUACAGGAGAACACAUUAGAAACACCUGUGGAAAGACGAAUGUCCUCAAACGCUUACAACGUAUCUCGUGUCAGUCACUCAUUUCCCUCUUUAAUUAACUAAUGUGACGUCAAACUGCGAUUUACGACGUGUUCCCCCCUCUGGGACAACCGGCCCGGGGUAAGUUUGAAUUAAAGCAUCGAUGUGUGCUUGGCAUUGGAAACCGUGACAGUACUUAACGUUAGUUCACUUGAAUUAAAUACGUACCGCCGGUUUGUUGCUAACCUCCACCUGAAAGUUGCAUUUAGCAAGUUGAGUGUUGACCCAAAUUGCAAUAAGUCUUUCCGAUAGGUUUCAUUGAGAGUUUAAGUUCCGGCGGGAAUGUGGCCUAACGAUGCUACGAACAUCUCACAUGCCACCACCACCUCUGCUCCCUCCCACCAGUAUGGAUGGUAUGGACCCGCCUGAAAACAAUCUGCCCGCCUUUCUCCCUCAAUCCUGACUGAGAGAUCAAACAGUGGGUCUUUGAGUCCGGUCCUGACACUGAUAUCCAUUCAUCGAUAUGCAUCAGGAAAGUCUUCUUAUAUUCUUCUGGCUGUCUUGACACGGAGGCUCACGUCCUUAUUCAAUGGAAAGGAAGGAGGAGCUGCAGGAAACAACUUGACCGCAAGAUCUGUGUCUCAAAAGGAAAUCCGCUCUUCCGCCGACAGCUGUUGUCGCAUCAGUGUGUCGUCCUCCUCAGGUUUGCCAUUUCCUCGGGAUGUCUUGGCCGGCUCUGUACUCUCAGUUGGUCGGGGGGAACCGACACUCCACCAGCUUGGGUAAAAUCUGGCUCUCGGUGCUCUUCAUUUUCCGGGUCAUGGUGCUGGUUGUCGCUGCUGAGAGCGUCUGGGGGGACGAACAGUCUGACUUCACUUGCAACACACUACAGCCUGGCUGUGAAAACGUCUGCUACGACCAGUUCUUCCCUGUCUCCCACAUCCGUCUAUGGUGUCUCCAGCUUGUCUUUGUCUCCACGCCAACACUCCUGGUUGCAAUGCAUGUGGCCUAUCGGAACCACAGUGACAAAAAGAGGCUCCUACAGGGUUCAGGUAGAGCGGGUUUCCUCACCAGCAAAGGCCAGGAGGAAGACCUGGAGACUCUGAGGAGAAGGAGACUCCCAAUAGCUGGCGCCCUCUGGUGGACGUACGCCUGCAGCCUGGUGUGCAGGUUACUGUUUGAAGGAGGCUUCAUGUAUGCCCUGUACGUGGUGUACGACGGGUUCCAGAUGCCUCGCUUGGUGCAGUGUGACCAGUGGCCGUGUCCAAACCUGGUGGACUGCUUCAUCUCUCGCCCCACCGAGAAAACCAUCUUCACCGUCUUCAUGGCCACCGCCUCCUCUAUCUGCAUGGUCCUUAACAUGGCGGAACUUGCAUAUCUUGUUGCCAAGGCUGUCACUAGCACUCUCCGUAGUCAUCAGAGGAAGAAAUGCAAAAAAUCCGGCCGAGAGAGGACGCACAAUAAGACUACCCACGUGUCACUUGUCUCAACCUGAGGAAGCAGGAACCAGAUGGACUAAAGACAUCUGACUGAAUAGUUACACAUGUGAAUGCUCUGCAGCAUGUGUAAAUACCAGAACACAUUAUUUCAUAUACAUCCAUCCAUCUUCAAACUGCUUUUCCGUCGCGGGUCGCGGGGGGGGGGGCUGGAGUCAAUUCCAGCUAACUUAGAUGUUUUGAACUCACAUUCAAGCGGGUGAGGAGACGUAAUCGGUAUCAACUAUCAAAGAUUUCAUUGAAAAUAAAUAGUACGAUUUAACAACAAUAAUAAUUAUAACUGAAUAUUUCAUUCAUUCACUUAAUCAAACCAUGUAAAUAACUAAGUCAUAAAACAAGUGGAACUUAAUUUUUUAACACAAAAGGAAAGAAAUGGACAAACUUAAUCUACUGUAUUAACCUGUGUUGACCUCUACUGGUUCAUGCCCCCCCCCCCCUCACUGUCUGUAAACAGGCAUGUUUUCCCCUCAUGACAAUUUACCACGCUGAAAUAACUUCUAACCUUCUAACAAAAAACUUUGAUAACAUACUCAAGGACAAGUAAAAGCAUGAAAGUGAUGCUAAAUGUAAUGAUAUGCCGAUUGUCUUUGUCAUUUGUAUUUAAUUUAUUUAAAUCUUUUAAUUGUUUUUAAUUAUCUUCCCAUUUUGCACAAAUUACGGUCAUAUUAGUCUCCUGCUGAGUAGUACGUGUUCUAAUCCCAAUACGGUUCCAACUACUACUGCCUGCCACUAUAAAUAAUGAUAAUCUUAGUUUAAAAAAUUGUUGAAAUAAAAAAUACUACGCUGAA